AUGGGUGUCUCAGAUGCUCUGCAAUGGUGGGAGGAGUGGCCGCUGCGCAUCCUUGUCCUCAGCAGCCUGGUGAUUCAGUACAUCCUCUUCGUCGCGUCCUACGCGCGUAAGUUCCCCAUCAGAUCCUGGUUUAGACCCGUUAUAUGGCUAGCGUACCUGGGCAGCGAUGCCAUUGCAAUCUAUGCGCUGGCCACCCUCUUCAACCGCCACAGGAAGCCACGGCAGGAGGAUGGAGACAGCGGUGGCAGCAUCCUCGAGGUGUUUUGGGCGCCUAUCCUGCUCAUACGCCUUGGAGGACAGGAUGGCAUAACCGCCUACAACAUGGAGGACAACGAGUUGUGGACGCGCCACAUCCUCACCUCGAUGUCUCAGAUCACCGUGGCCGCGUAUGUCUUCUGCAAAUCUUGGCUAGUCGGCAGCGACAAGAAUUUGCUGGUUGCUUCAAUAUUGCUCUUCAUCCCCGGUAUCCUCAAAUGCUUUGAGAAGCCCUUAGCUCUCAACAGAGCUAGCAUUAACAGCCUGGUGAGCUCUAAUGAGCCUAUUGUGAGGCCGAUUGGCACACAUAAAUGUAAGCUCAAGAUUGAUCCGCUUCAAGAUUUCAUUGCCAAGGCAACCACUCGUGCUGGGGCAACUGAUAACCUUUUAGCACCAGCCACUCCUUAUAAGUUAUUUGUAGACCUUGCAUCUCCUUCUACUGAUGAUCGAAUCAGGAUGCUACAGUCUUUCUCAGCACUUGAUGACGACUGUCUCUAUAUGAAGCUGACGGAUUUUCUCUCUCAGACAUUUCAGCUCCUCUACACCAAAGAAAAGUUGCACCCUACCAUGGUUUAUUCAGAUUUACAGCUCAAGGACCAUAUAAUUCCCAGCAGAUCAGAGCGGAUGGUACUCAUCUUUUGUUAUUUUGUCCGUUUAUUUGCUUUGUACCUUCCAUUCGCAGCCAUAGGCCUCUUUCACCAUAGUCAUAGAGAAGCUUACAAUGAAGAUGAUGUCAAGGUCACAUAUGUGCUGCUCUGUUGUACUGCUGCCCUGGAAUUUUAUGCAGCGAUGCUAAUGUGA